GCCGCGGCGCUGCCCGAUGACGCCGUGGAAGAGCCGCUUCCCUCGGCGCUCCCCGCCCCGCGGAGCCGCGGCGGAGCCACGCCGGGAGGGUAGUACUGCAAUAGGAAUGACGGUGAACCCACCCCUGUGUUUUAGAGGAAAGAAGAUCCUGGCUCCAAUGGUGCGAGUGGGAACGUUGCCAAUGCGCCUUCUUGCCCUGGACUAUGGUGCUGAUAUCGUGUACUGUGAGGAGCUGAUUGACAUAAAGAUGCUGCAGUGUAAGAGGGUUAUAAAUGAAGUACUUGAAACGGUGGACUUUGUUGCACCUAAUGAAAGAGUUGUUUUCAGAACUUGUGAAAGGGAGAGGCAACGUGUUGUCUUUCAAAUGGGUUCAGCAGAUGCUGAGAGAGCCCUGGCAGUAGCUAAGCUUGUAGAGAGUGAUGUGGCUGGUAUUGAUAUCAACAUGGGAUGCCCAAAAGAAUACUCUACUAAGGGAGGUAUGGGAGCAGCACUGCUGUCUGAUCCUGACAAAAUAGAGUCUAUAUUGACUGCCCUUGUUAAAGGAGUUUGUAAACCGGUAACCUGCAAAAUCCGCAUUUUGCCCUCAGUUGAAGAUACUGUGAAUCUGGUGAAGAGAAUAGAAAAAACUGGUAUUGCUGCCAUUGCAGUCCAUGGAAGAAAUAAGGAGGAGAGGCCUCAGCACCCUGUCCACUGUGAUGUGAUCAAGGCCAUAUGUGAAGCCGUCUCCAUUCCAGUAAUAGCAAAUGGAGGAUCUCAUGACUUCAUCAAAGAAUAUAUGGACAUAGAGACCUUCCAGAAAGCAACAGCUGCCUCAUCAGUAAUGAUAGCUCGUGCUGCCAUGUGGAACCCAUCUAUCUUCAGAAAAGAGGGGUUUUUCCCCUUGAAGGAUGUCAUGCAAGAUUACCUUAAAUAUGCAGUGAGAUACGAUAAUCACUAUACCAACACAAAAUACUGUUUGUGUCAGAUGUUAAGAGAACAGUUGGAAACUGCUCAGGGUAAGAAGCUACAUGCUGCACAGUCCACACAGGAGAUCUGUGAAGUCUUUGAAAUGGGUGACUUCUAUGAAGAAACAAGAGCUAUUUUUGAAGCAAAGAAAAUGUCUUUAGAAACUGAGACGCAAGAUGAAGAUGACCAAGUAGAUGAUCCAGAUGUAAUAAAAAUGGCUGUUAGAUUUGACAAGCGAGAAUAUCCACCACAGAUUACUCCAAAAAUGUAUCUUCUGGAAUGGUGUAGGAAAGAAAAGCAUCCUCAGCCUGUUUAUGAAACUGUUCAAAGACCAUUGGAUAGAUUAUUCUGUUCAGUAGUGACAGUAGCUGAGCGAAAAUACCGAUCAACUCUAUGGUAAAACUUGGAGCAAGCAGUGUCCCAUCUGGUGCCUCUGGUGCUUUGGAAGGCUUUUCCUUUUAAUGUUUCUUGAACAACUGUAUAAACCCAGAGGAUUAGAGUUUGCCUGCAGGAGAGCACCAAGAAGGGCAGCUGUUGUUCUCUUCAGCAUUUUUUUGCUGAGCCAUCAGGACAGCUUAAUGCUACUACAUGUUAAAAACCUCCUGCAUUAUAGUGUUUGUGGGUAUGGACAGUGCUUCUGACCACUUCCUGCUGAAUCCCUGCCCCUCUGAAACCACUUCAUGGCUGACUGAGUGUUUCUUCUUUUUUAAUUGUGCAAAACUGGAGAAGAUGUGUAUGUGUUAAUUCAAAUGGAAAAUUAAGUGGGAGAUUCCAGAGACCUUUUCUUGUCUGUGUCCUUUUCUACAUGAUUAUAUUAAAACCUUUACAUCUGCAGUCUGUCUAUUUUCCUUGUAUGUAAUAGGAUAAAAGAUGCCAUAUCAGCAGUAGCUAUUUUACCUUGAAAAAUUAUCCAUCUUUUUGAUAAUGUCUUGCUUGG